GCACCAAAACAUCAGAGGGAAAAAAAAAAAAUCCUCAAAUUCCCCAUCUCUCGUCUCACCUCUUGUCGGUCUCCUCCUCCCCUCUUUCUAUUCCAAACACCCUUCCCUUCCCCUGUUUCGUCGCCCACCCUCCCCUCCUUUCCUUUCUCCGAACCUUCGAGGAAGUCCAGGCCUUUUCCUUGUUCUAUUUCUAAUUGGGGAAGCGAAGGAACGACCAUCGAGUUAUUUAUAUAUAAUAUAGAAAGAGGGACAAAGGAAUCUUCUUUCUCUUCGAUCUUGCCGGUUUCUCGAUCGAUUUGCGGUUCCGUGGUUGCUCUUGUUGAAUCCAUAAAGCUGAUGCUCCAUAUGACUAACUGUUUGUAUUGAAGUACAUUUUAAUACUUCUUUCAAAGUUCUUAAGAGGUGAACAUACUAGUGCUGAUGCAAGGGCAAAGGAGUACCCUAGAGUCCUUCUCUGAGACAUUUGAAUUUGACCAUGAAUCGAAUUCAAGUAACUCAGGCAGAGAUCAGCAAAUAUACUGGAAUAAUUUGCUUCUUAAUCCAGUAGAAGCCCAGAACUUACCGGGACAUCUAGUGUCACCUAGUGAUACAAAUACAUUAUAUGGAAAUACGGCUGGUCAAGAAAGUGCUAGCUUAGGUUCUUGGAGUAGAGGUGGACCUGGCUCUAGUGGGCACAUCCUCAACCAGGUCAGCUAUGAUGAAACAGAAGCCGAACAGGGAUGGGCAUCUUCUCUGACAGUUAAUAGAGGAGGUGGACCAAGGAUAGAAGAAAGUCGGUCUGAAGCAACCAACUUGCUUUCUUUGGAAAAUGUGAAUAUAAGUCUUAAUAGCAAUCAGGUGGACAAUGAUCGGUCAAUUUCACAAAUUUCCAAUACUAAUGGAUUUUCUCACAAUUCAGACUACAAUGUAGCACAUGCUGGUAUAAGCAGCCAGAACACAGAGCCUGUGAUGUAUCCUCAUCCUCAUAGUUCAGGCUUCUUGCAGCAUCAAUAUGUCUUUCCAUCAGGUAGUUCUUCAGAUAAUUUUGGAAAUUCUUCUAGGGGUGUUGAAUUUUUGUCAGAUGAUAAUGGAGUAAGACAAGGAGGCGUAUUGGAUGGUCGACGCUUAUCGUGCAAGAGAAAGAACAUUGAAGGGGAUUCUGGGCAGUCUUCAACAAGUGGAAGUUCAAGUUGCUUUAAUGAAAGUGAGAAUACUUUGUUGGGCUCUUUUUCUGUUCAUCAUGGUGAUAUUACUAGUUUAAAUGGAUCUAGCUCAUCUAGUCAUCUAACAGGUUCAGUUCCUCCUGAAGAACAACUGAACCCAAGGAUUGAUGCCAUUACAAGAGCAGUGGCUCAUCAUCACCAUCCCUUCAAUAUUUCAGAAGGAAACACAGAAAGCUUUCAGAGGAAUACUCGAAUGAGAAUACACUCUUCGCAUCAAGUUAAUAUGCCUCUGCAUAAUCCAUGGCUUCAAGGGAGUAUUAUCAGGCAUCCUAAUCAUUGGUCUGUCCAUCAACCAUCUUCUUUACUUAACCCUUUAAAUCAGCAAGUGGAUUCUAGGCUGGGAGUUACUGGUGCAAGUCCACAUGGUCAACCUCAGGCACCAGUUUUUCCUGGUUUGUCUUCAAAUGUGCACCCUUUUCCAUGGAAUGGAACUGCCAAUCCAAGGAUUGGUAGUUCUUCAAGUUCUCAAGUCAUUGCAGGUGAGCGAUCAGCUGUUGAAGAGUCAAGCUCAAGGAGUGUGCCAAGAAAUGAUAUUUCAGAGCCUCCAGUGAUUGUUCCCCCAUCUAAUACCAGACAUUUGGUGCGAGACCCGGCAGGCUGGAGUUUAACAAAUGGAAGCACAAGCAUACCUGGAAAUGCAGUGCCUUCAUCACUUUCUGGCUCAGGUGCAGGGACUCGUCAAUCAUUAGGACCAAAUUGGACGUCUCAUCAAAAUCCUCCAAGACAGCAUCAUCGAAGUUUAUCAGAAAUUGUCCGUGGAUCCCUCCUUCCUUCAGGUGGCUCUGAAUCUAGAGGUCAGAGCUUCAAUUUGCCUCCACGUCAUGGCCGUUCCUCUAUGUCACAAGAGAUUGGUGGCCGCCAAUCCGGAGCUGGCUUCCGUGGCCAUCAGCAACCACACAUGAGGUCAGCAGUUUUGAUGGACUGGCAGAGUGAUGGUGUUCCAAGCAAUCCCCUGUCAAUGCGCACUCUGGUAGCUGCAAGAGAGGGAAGAAGCAGGAUGAUAUCAGAGAUUCGUAAUGCGCUGGAUCUCAUCCGACGGGCAGAAAAUAUACGAUUUGAGGAUAUUUUUAUCCUUGACCAGUCCGCGUUCUUUGGGGGUGGUGAUUUGCAUGACAGGCACAGAGACAUGCGGCUUGAUGUAGAUAAUAUGUCUUAUGAGGAAUUAUUGGCACUGGAAGAGCGGAUAGGAAAUGUAAGCACCGGACUUAGUGAGGAAAUGAUUUUAAAGUGCCUAAAGCAGCGAAAAUAUACAUUCACUGCACUGGAUUCAUCAGUGGAAGUUGAACCAUGCUGCAUUUGCCAGGAAGAAUAUAGGGAAGGGGAAGAGCUGGGGACUUUGGAUUGCAGGCAUGACUUCCACACUGCCUGCAUCAAACGGUGGCUGAUGAUAAAGAACUUGUGUCCCAUAUGUAAAACAACUGCUCUAGCGACCUGAAAGAGAUGGAUGGCAUGCGCCUCACCCGUUUCAAAUUUGUGAGGGUGAGCUUCAAGCAAAAAAUGAGUGAUUUUAUCUACUCUGUUUUACUAAAUCAAUACAGUGGUGGAUGGUAUAUUCUCUGUGCUUUUUGCCUUGCAAUUUUUACAAUAUCUUGAAAUUGACAAUUCCUUAAAGCUGAAGAUUUCAUGUGCCUGA